GAACCCCUCGCUUCAUGUUUGGGGCGCAAUAAUUUCGCCAUGGCCGAGACCUCGAACCGCUCUCGGUGGGAAUUGGAGGCGGAGCUCGGCGAGCUCGACCUCGACCCGGAGGACCUCCACCCCUUUGUCCCCCUCAAGAAGGUCCCAGUUGGCGACCUAUUCGAGGCAGCGCGAGCCGGCGACCUCGACCGCCUCCGCUACCUCCUCGACUCCGGCGUGAACGUGAACGCCCGGGACGCCUGGGACUCAGUCGCGCUCUACUAUGCGUGCCUCGCCGGUCACGUCGAGGCGGCUCGCAUGCUUCUCGAGGCCGGCGCCAUCUGCUCCGAGCGCACCUUCGAUGGGGACCGCUGCCACUACGCCGCGCUCAACCUCCGCGUGAGGCGCCUCCUCAAGGCCUUCGAGGCCCGACCUCCGCCUCUCGCUUCGUUGCCCGCAGCACUUCGGGACACGUUCCUCGCCUGCGCCGCUAAUCUUCGUGCCUACAUCGAGCAGUGCGAAGCUGAUGCUGGCGCCGCCGCAUGGUAUGCAGGUUACUUUUCACUGGGCGAUGGAUCCAACUCUCUUCCUUUCCCCCCUGAUAUUACGUUUUAUGUUGAUGGCAAGCCAGUUGAAGCUCAUAGGUUCAUAUUAAGUGCACGGUCACCAUUCUUCAGAAGGAAAUUUGAGACAGACUGGAAGGAGAGGAAGGAAGUGAGAUUCUCUAGCCAAAAAUUAUCUUAUCAUGCUUUAUACAGUCUUAUCCAUUUCUUCUACUCAGAUAGACUCGAGGUUGCAGUUGAUGAUAUGGAGGAUCUUGUUCACACGUGCAGAGCUUGCAAGUGUGAUCAACUGCAAAACAUAUUACAGAAGGAACUAAUUCAUCAAAGAUAUGCUGAGUACAAAUCAUUAAGGGAUGUAGACAACUCACAGAAAAAAUUCAUCUUACAAGGUCUGUCACUCCCAGAGGAAGAUAGGCUUCCUUCUGCUCUGCACCGCAUUCUACUGGCUUCUCUUUCCAACUCUAGUAUGGAUAACAUUAUCAGUACACCUGAGCACAGCAAUGACUUAGCUGAUGUUUGCAUAAAAGUUGGUGGAAGGAUUUUCAGGUGUCACCAAGUAAUCCUGGCAUCAAGAUCAGAAUAUUUCCGGGCAAGGUUGUCUCGAAUGGCAGAUUUUCUUGAAGGGAACAACCAGCUGCCAAAUUUCACCCUUCCAUUUCUUGAAGAGCAUGAUUUAAGCACAGAGGCCUUUGAAAAGAUGAUUGAGUAUAUGUACACCGAUGCCUUGCAAGACCUGGACCCUGAUCAGGCUGAGGAAAUAUUUGAUGCUGCUUCAAGAUACUUGUUAUUUCCUCUUAAACGUGCUGUUGCGGAUGCACUACUACCUCACCUAGAGCAUGCUUUGCCUGCUGAUCUUUGCCAUUGGCUGGUAUUAUCAGACAUGUAUGGUGUUCUCAAGAUCAGGGAAUACUGCUUGGACAUUAUCGCAUGCAAUUUUGAGACAUUCGCCAACACUCGUGAGUUCCGCGCUAUGCUCUUGACUCUUCCACCACCAUCUGGCGACUCCUCUUUGAGAACCACUUGCCCAAGUGCUCCAGGCACCACAAGAAAGUCUGAUCAGGCUAACCUUCUUGAUGAUUUGCGAGAGAAAUGGUUGGAGGCCGAAGCAGCCGAGCUGGAUAAGCGAGAUGAAAGCGCAGCUCUGUUUGACAAGCGACUUGAAAUGCUUAUGGCUGUUGCAGAACAAGAGGCCAAUGAAACUCUGAUGCAAUAGAUAUAUAAUCAUCCUGAAAAUGCGUCUUCAAAAUGUAGCUUGUUUUAUAUAUCUAUAGUUGGUAAAGAAAAUAACGAUUCUUGUGAUCAUUUUGUUGUUGUGUCAAUCUAUUGAGAUAAACCAAUAUGCACCCCUGUUUUUUAAAUUGACAAAAUACUAUUUAAGAGGAGGAGAUCGAUUUGUUUUUGUUGUUGUUGU